GAAGGUAUUGAUGGAAUAUUUUUUCCCAAAAGCUGGGCCGGAAAGAAAGUUGAAAACACUUUGAGGCCGCCGCCGCCGCCUCCCGCGCUACUGUCGUCGGCGAAGGAAUCGAGUUCUAAUCAAUGCAAUGUUCUAUCUCUCUUCGGUCGAACUCUCCCUGCCUCCUUGCGCUCCUUCCCCGCGCGUUCGAUGCGGCAUUCCACUCCAUCACUGUUCAGCCUUCUCCUCCGCUGCACGGACCAGCGAAUCGUCAAAGCCGGGCGCUCCGUCCACGCUUUGUCCAUAAAAAUUGGUUCUUUGGAAGACAGAUUCGUCGGAAAUAGCGUCGUCAACAUGUACGCUAAAUGCGGCCAUCUCUCCAACGCCGCGAUGGCCUUCGAAGACAUGGGAGCUGGGUGUUGGGACGUAGUCUCUUGGAACUGCCUUAUCAACAGCUACUCCCAGCUGGGACUCACCGGCUCUGCUGCUGUUUUUGAUCUCUUCCGGCGUAUGGUCGCCCAUGGUGGAUCACGUCCCAACGCUUUCACCUUUGCGGGAGUAUUCUCCGCCGCUUCGCAUUCUCUAGAAAUGGCCGGAUGGGGCAUGGAGGCUCACUGCGUGGCAAUCAAGACUGAUAAUUCGGCUGAUGUGUUUGUUGGGAGCUCUCUGCUUAACAUGUAUUGUAAACUUGGACUUCUAUCUGAUGCCCGGAAGGUGUUUGACAGAAUGCCUCAGAAGAAUUCUGUAUCUUGGGCAGCUAUGAUUUCUGGAUAUGCUUCUAAUAGGGAUGGUUUUGAGGCUUUUGAGCUUUUCAGGCUGAUGGUAGUGGAGGAUGAAUGUAGUGUGAAUGAGUUUGUCGUUACGAGCGUUCUGAGCGCUUUGGUUUCACUAGAAUUCUUACAUAUGGGAAGACAGGUCCAUGAUCUCACAAUUAAGAACGGAUUGGUUUCUUUUAUCCCUGUUGACAAUUCUCUCAUUACUUUGUACACAAAGUGCCACUGCUUGGAUGAGGCAUUGGUGAUUUUUAUGUCGUCGGAUAAUAAGAGCCCAAUCACUUGGUCUGCAAUGAUUACCGGAUAUGCGCAAAAUGGGGAUUCUUUGAAGGCUUUGCAGUUGUUUUGCAAUAUGCACUCUAAUGAUGUAAGCCCGACAGAGUUCACUUUCGUUGGCAUCCUCAAUGCUUGCGGUGAUCAAUCAUUGUUACCCGAGGGAAUUGAAGCUCAUUGUUACAUUCUAAAAUUGGGUUUUGAAACUCAAGUUUAUGUUAAAAGUGCUUUGGUUGAUAUGUACGCGAAAUGCUUCCGCAUCGAAGAUGCGAGAAGGGCCUUUGAUAUGUUACGAGAGGUUGAUGUUGUUCUUUGGACGACAAUGAUAUCGGCUUACGUGCAGAAUGGUGAGCAUGAAGAAGCUCUCACAAUGUACAAUAAAAUGGAAAGUGAUGGCCUUUUGCCUAACAAUCUCACCAUUGCGAGCGCACUACGUGCUUGUUCGAGCCUUGCGGCUUUCGAGCACGGAAAGCAGAUCCAUGCGCGUACUAUUAAACAUGGGUUUGGUAUUGGUAUACCUAUUGGUAGCGCUCUCUCUACAAUGUAUGCAAAGUGUGGAAACCUCGAAGAAUGCGGCCAUGUAUUUAGAAGGAUGCCUCAGAAGGACGUUGUUGCAUGGAACUCGAUCAUAUCUGGUUAUUCUCAAAAUGGUCGUGGAGUCGAUGCCCUCAACCUCUUUGAAGAGAUGAGGUUGGAAGGCACAGAGCCAGACCAUGUGACCUUCAUUAAUGUCCUCUUUGCUUGUAGCCACAUUGGCCUAGUUGAGAAAGGUUGGAGCUAUUUUAGAUUAAUGCAAGAUGAAUAUGGUUUGGCACCGAAAAUUGAGCAUUUUGCUUGCAUGGUAGACAUGCUUACUCGUGCAGGUAAGUUCGAGGAAGCCCGAGAGUUCAUUGAAUCGGUUCCUAUGGAUCAUGGGAUGUGUUUGUGGCGCAUCGUGUUGGGGUCGUGUAGAAAUAAGAAGAAUUUCCAUUUUGGAGCGUAUGCGGGGGAGAGGUUGAUGGAGUUGGGCUCCACAGAUUCUUCUGCGUACAUUUUGUUGUCAAAUAUAUACGCUUCGUGGAAUCGUCGGGAUGAUGUGGAGAGAGUUAGGAGAUUGAUGAAGCUGCGAGGGGUGAAUAAGGAACCUGGAUGUAGUUGGAUAGAAAUGAAGAGCAGGGUUCAUGUUUUUGUCAUCGGGGAGCUUCUUCAUCCAGAGAUUGAGGAUAUAUAUGUUGAGUUGAGAUGGCUAACUAAACACAUGAAGGAAGAAGGAUAUUUCCCUGAUACUGGAGUGGCACCUUAUGAUCAUUUAAUGGGAGAUUUGGGAUAUUUUAGUGAAGAGGAAUUGCCAAUGAGUGCAUCUCUUUGUUGAUAUACUCAUUAAAUGAUGGUUCUUUACAUCAUUAUUAAUAUGGGCAUUGUCUAACAUGCAAACUCCUAGCUAUAUUGUUGGAAUUACAUGGGCAAACCUAGAUCUUGGAAAUCUUCUAGCAUGUAUUCAUAAAAUUAGGUUUCUUCCCAUGGAUUCAACAGAGGUCUGGAGGGUGGAGUUUGGCAUUGAAUAUUUGGGUGGUUUACGCUUGGAAAUCGAAACAAGAAUCGACGUUUGUGCGCCAGAGCUAUAGGAAGAGUUCGUCGAUGCUUGCUCCGAACGAAAUUAUGACGAAGAGAUGCACGGUCUUCUUGAGGGAAUUGAAUACUACAUCAAUCAAUUAAAUCCUUCCGUCUGGUUAGAUGACAGAUGAAGGGGUUGAAGCAUGUAUGUGAAGAUAUAUGUGUACAUGAACAUAAUCAAUUCAUUCUUAGCUUUCAUGGAAGGCUCUGCGAAAGCUGUGGAUGCGGAGUCCACGGAAGUGAUUGUGGAUGCUGCUUUAAAAUCGGCGGUCGAUUGGAAGCUAUGCAGUCCCGGCGAUUCGGUGGUUGCUUUGUUUCGCAUCGGCAUUGCUUCUCUCAUCAAAGUCUUGGUUGUGAAGGGAUCAAAGAAGCUGACCUGAAUCUGCUCAAACUUUUACAGGUUCUUAACCUUCUUUGUUUAUGCCCAGCCUAGCCUGUGCCAUGCAGGAAGCUCCAUGUUUAUUGAAAAAGUUUUGUUGUGUUUAUUCUUUUCUGUUUUACAGAGCAGGGAAUUGUUUUUAUUUUUUUAUUUAUUUUUCAGUUGAUUUGAUACUUUCUUAAACUUUCUGAACAUGAUUAUAACUUCAUCAAUGAUAAUUAAGUGAUUUUGA